CUACUUACUAAUUGUAAUUGUUUCUCCCUCUGUUUCUCUAGAAUAGUCGUAGAUUAUAUAUAUAUAUAUAUUGGCUUGCGAAUCAGCGCAUGGAAUUGCUCUGAUUAGCUUGGCUAGGGAGUUAACUUAAUUCAUAAUAAUUUAUAUACCAUCUCGGGCUAGAAAGUUGCAGGCUACGUGGUGAAGAAAGAACAAAAAUGUGGAGGCUGAAGGUGGCAUAUGGUGGGAAAGACCCAAACAUCUUCACCACAAACGAGUUCGUAGGGAGACAGAUAUGGGAGUUCGAUCCAGAUGCCGGCACUGACGAAGAGCGAGCCCAGGUCGAAGACGCCCGUCGCCAUUUCACCAACAACCGCCAUCAUGUUAAGGCCAACAGCGACCUCCUCUGGCGCUUCCAGAUGCUGAGAGAGAAGAAAUUCAAGCAGACAAUUCCGGCAGUGAAGGUGGAGGAAGGCGAAGAAAUCACAUACGAAAAGGCAACAACAGCAAUGAGGAGGGCCGUCCAUUUCUACUCGGCCUUGCAAGCUAGCGAUGGACAUUGGCCUGCUGAAAAUGCUGGGCCCUUGUUUUUCCUUCCUCCUUUGGUGAUAUGCCUGUACGUGAUAGGACAUUUGAAUAGCGUAUUGACAAGAGAACACAGAGUUGAAAUCCUGCGGUACAUAUACAAUCAUCAGCAAGAAGAUGGAGGGUGGGGAUUCCACAUAGAGAGCCCAAGCUGCAUGUUCUCCACGGCUAUGAGCUACAUUUGCAUGAGGCUGCUUGGAGAGGGCCCUGAGGGUGGUCAGGACAAUGCCUGUGCCCGAGCUAGAAAAUGGAUUCUUGAUCAUGGCGGAGUUACUUAUAUACCCUCUUGGGGAAAGGCCUGGCUUGCUAUACUUGGUUUGAUUGAUUAUGAUGGACUUAACCCAAUGCCUCCAGAAUUUUGGAUGCUUCCUACGUAUUUUCCUAUGCAUCCAGGUAAAAUGUGGUGCUACUGCCGAACAGUUUACAUGCCAUCAUCGUAUUUGUAUGGGAAAAGGUUCGUAGGUCCUAUCACUCCUCUGGUUCUACAAUUGAGGGAGGAACUCCAUACUCAACCUUACCAUCAAGUCAAUUGGAGUAGAGCUCGCCAUCUAUGUGCUAAGGAGGAUCUGUAUUAUCCCCAUCCUUGGAUUCAAGAUUUUCUAUGGGACGCUCUGUACACAUGCGCAGAGCCUCUUCUGAAUCGGUGGCCGUUGAACAAACUGAUCAGAGAGAGAGCUCUUCAAAUAACAAUGAAGCAUAUCCAUUAUGAAGACGAGACCAGUCGCUACAUCACUAUGGGAGUUGCAGAAAAGGCAUUGUGUAUGCUGUGCUGCUGGGUAGAAGAUCCGCAUGGGAAGCCCUUCAAAAUGCAUCUAGCGAGAAUACCAGACUAUCUGUGGGUUGCUGAAGAUGGAAUGAAGAUGCAGACUUUUGGGAGUCAGAGCUGGGAUGCUAGCCUUUCCCUUCAGGCUCUGCUUGCUAGUAAUCUGGCCGAUGAAAUUGGACCCACACUUGCUAAAGGACAUGACUUCUUAAAGAAAUCUCAGGUGAAAGACAAUCCUUAUGGUGACUUCAAAAGCAUGUACCGUCACAUUUCCAAAGGAGCAUGGACAUUUUCCGAUCAAGAUCAUGGAUGGCAAGUUUCUGAUUGCACCGCAGAGGGUCUAAAGUGUUGUUUGAUGUUCUCGUUGAUGCCCCCUCAACUUGUUGGUGAAAAAAUGGAACCUCAGAGGUUACAAGAUUCUGUCAAUCUUAUACUUUCUCUGCAGCAUAAAAAUGGUGGUUUAGCAGCUUGGGAGCCAGCAAUAGGACAAGACUGGAUGGAAAUGUUUAAUCCAAGCGAAGUAUUUGCGGACAUUGUGAUAGAGCAUCAAUAUGUGGAAUGCACAUCAUCCGCAAUACAGGCUCUGCUUCUGUUUAAGAAGUUGCACAAAGGGCACAAGACAAAAGAGAUUGAAAAUUUCAUCACCAAUGCUGUGCGUUUCAUUCAGGACAUACAAAGGCCUGAGGGUUCAUGGUAUGGAAACUGGGGAAGCUGUUUCACAUAUGCCACAUGGUUUGCCAUCAAAGGACUCACCUGUGCUGGCAAGACUUACAACAAUUGCCCAGCAAUACGCAAAGCUGUUGAUUUUCUGCUAGCCACUCAGAAAGAGAGUGGUGGGUGGGGGGAGAGUUAUCUUUCAUGCCCAAAACAGGAAUACAUACAUACAGAGGGUAGCAAAACAAACUUAGUACAUACUGCAUGGGCUAUGAUGGGUUUGAUUCAUGCUGGACAAGCGGAAAGAGACCCAAGCCCUAUUCACCGUGCAGCAAAAUUGAUCAUCAACUCUCAACUUGAAAAUGGUGAUUUUCCACAACAGGAAAUGACUGGAGUUUUCAUGAAGAAUGCUAUGCUGCAUUAUGCCUUGUAUAGAAAUAUUUUUCCCAUCUGGGCUCUUGCUGAAUACCGCAGGCUGCUUAUGUUAUCCAAAGCUUAAUUAAAAACCAAUUAUUACUUUUAAUUAACUUCCAUCUCUCUCACUGGAGGAUUAUGUAACAUAUACAUACAAGUUGUUAUUCAUCCUCUUCCUAGAUUUAUACU